AUGGAGCUUGAAUUAGGUAUGAAGAUCACUCGAACAAGCGACAACAACGAUGUCUCUUCCUCUACAGAUUUCAAGGUUUCCAGAGAUGUGUUUGGUCAGGUCUGGCAUUCUAGAGAAACCGAUUCUGUGUUCAUCCUCACUCUUCACUUAAAAGGAUUCAAGAAGAAGGGUAUUGAUACUGAGAUCAACAAAGAAGGGGAUCAGAUUACUAUAAAAGGAAGGAAAAAAGUUGAAGAAAUGGUUUUGGUCAAGUGGGUGAAGUGGAGAAAGGAAAGUGAGGUUAAGGAGUUCAAGAAAGUGUUUAGGAUUCCACAUAUCGUCAAUCUUGACAAGAUCAAAGCUAGGUUUGAUGAAGAAGACGGUACUUUAACAGUUACAUUUCCCAAGAAAGUUAAGGGGAUCACCGAUUUGAAGAUUGAGGAAGUGGAAGAAGCAGAGAGAAAAACAGAGCCAGAAACAGAUAAAACAGAGGAAAAAACAGAGUCAGAAGCAGAGAAAACAGAGGAAAAAGCAGAGCCGGAAGAAGAAAUCAAAGAGGAGAAGGAACCCGAGGAAGAAGAAGAAGAAGAGCCAAAGAUGGAAGAGAAAGAAGAAGAGAUAGUGGAGGAAGAUAGAGAAGAAACUGAAGAGAAAGAGAGUAAACCUAAAAGGAAGAAAAUAAAAAAGUUUUGUUUCCCAUGUGUUGCAGGAUCAACUCUGCUUAUGUCAAUCAUUGUUUUCAUUAUUCAAUUGAUUCAAUCCAAAAGAAAAUGA